AUGAGGCGGUGCCACGAGAAAAAAGAGUCCGACUCCACGUUGGAUCUUGCGACCUGUACACUAAGCACAUUGCCCACCGACACACUUUCGCUACAUGAGAAACACGAUGUUCUCUACCGGCUCCUUGAACUAUUGCCCGAAAAAUAUAUGUCUUUAAGCCCUAACGAGCAGAGUCUCCCUGAGGAACUUAUCGUACGCAUUAUUAGAGAAGCACGUUCUAUAAUUGCGAGUGAACCGAUUGUUGUAAAUGUUGAGUCGCCUGUGUGUGUCUGUGGUGAUAUACACGGACAGUACUACGAUCUUGUCAACAUCUUUGGUCAACGCCCACCUUUAGGUGGGAGGGCCUUUGGGAGAGCCAAGCGCCAACCAACUCUGCAGAGACACAAGCGACAUCGCAGUGAUAGUGUAGAGUCAUCUAACUCACAUUUGCACGAAGUGAAGGAUGAAGAUGAUACGUCGUACGGAUACCUUUUUUUGGGUGAUUACGUUGAUCGUGGUAGCCGUUCUAUCGAGGUUGUGGUUACACUGCUGGCGCUGAAAAUCAUAGAACCAUCAAAAAUAACUCUUUUGCGUGGAAAUCACGAAGAUGAAAGAAUCAUGUUUCUCUACGGUUUCUUUGAUGAGUGUAAAAGACGCUAUGGAGUGAAGCUUUUCCGUGACUUUGCGGAUGUUUUUCGCGUGUUGCCUGUUGCUGCAGUCAUUAAUGGAACUAUUUUCUGUAUGCAUGGCGGACUUUCUCAGGAGUUGAAGUAUGUGAAGGACGUCCCGGAUGUGCGUCCAUGCGAUAUUCCACAUAGUGGCAUUAUCUCCGAUUUGCUCUGGGCUGAUCCAGAGCCUGAUCUCCCGUCAACUGUUGACUGGGCACCUAGUUCGCGCCGAAUAUCCUUUGUAUUCUCUGCUCGUGCGCUGGAGAAAUUCCUGAAGGACAAUGACUUGGACAUGAUAUGCCGGGCACACCAGGUGGUUGAGAGGGGCUUCCUGUUUUUUCCCAGUAACAAGAAACGUCAGUUACUCACCAUAUUUUCUGCAACGAAUUACUGUAACGAAUUUCAGAAUUCUGGUGGGGUGCUGUGUGUGGACAAAGAAGGUGUGUGUAGCCUCUUGAUACUGGAUCCUCCUAGUUAA